UCUUGUAACCCUACGUAAGCGGGAAAGACGACUCUUACCUAGCAAUAUAUCAACUUACUCAACACACAUAUUACCCGCAUACAACCUAGGUGACUAUUACCUAACUUAAGUGUUCUUGACCGCCUUCUUCACCUGUCUAUCCUACUUCCCCACGGACGACCCAAGGAUCGAGCCAAGGGCGAGCCAACCUACCUAGCUAUUCUAUCCACCAUCCACCCAGUUCCCGUCACCGCCAUGUCUAUCUUUGGAGAGAUCCUGAGCCUCUUGAUGGGCGAUCGCGCCUCAUCCCCCGCAAUCAAGCGGCGAACCUUAAACAAGCCGCCGCCAUCCGAAGGAUCUAGCAGCUACUUCCCGUCACCAUCCCCCGUCUCAUCCAAUUCGCCAUACUCCCUGGCCUCGUCAUCCGCCUCCUCUUCGGAGACGGAAGACGAAUCCCCCUCGCCAUUUUCUCGAGGUAGUCCGAUGAUCGGCGCCAGCUACCCGAUCCCGCCACUGGAGCGCGAGUAUGCAGCCCCGACGGAAGAGCUCGACGUCGCGCGGCAGCUAGCUAAGAAGCCGCUGCCGCGUUCACUGCACAGCUCACUACAGCGCGCUGCCACCUCGUCGUCCCGUGUGCCCGCAGUCGAGGACGACGAGACCAGAGCUCGGAAGCUAGCGGCUGCUAAGAAGGAGCUACUGGCUCUGGCCGGCCACGUCUAGAUCAUUCUAUGACGGUUCUAGUGUUGGCGUUGGUUCUUUAAUUUCCUCUUUCAAAUCAAAAAUGAUCCACUCCGGCAUUUGGGAGGGUCUCUUGGCAGGCUGAAUCAUGGAUAGGAGGAUAAACUUGGCAGGGCAGGGCAGAGCUAGCUAGUAUCUGUG